AGUCCACAGGCCACGGCUCAGUCAGGUGAGGUCGCCGCUCGCCCACCCGCCCGCCACCACCGUCCACCGGAUCGAGACGCCGCGCCGAUAGGAUGAGGCCGCCGGUCAGCAGGGCAGCCUUCGCGUCCGUGCUGCUGGGGCGCCGCGCCGUCGGGGCGUCGCUGGUAGCCGCCCGCUGCGCCUCCUCGGCCGCCUCCCCCGCCGCCGCAGUUACUGCCUACGAUCAUGCAUCGUUUGUUAAGGAAAUUGCCGCAACGGAUCCCCCAGAGCAUCUCAACUCUCUCUUGAAUGUGCUUCAGGCACGAGGUGAAAAGAUUGUUUCUCCUGGAGCGAAGAGAGGGUUGAUUCCGGUCGUUGUUCCAUUAUCGGAAAGUCCAGCAGGUAACUUGACAUCCCUACUUAGAUGGCCAACUGCUCCAACUGGGAUGGAAAUGCCUGUGGUGGAAGUUGGUAAGCAUGGGUUGUGGCUUUUGGCUAAGAAUGUGAAACAAUAUAUCCACAGAAUACUUGUUGAGGCUGACAUCAAUGCUGAUACUGGUGACGAUGUAUGGGAUGCCGUGGGCGAAGCUGGUGAAAACCUUUACACUAAAGGUGACUUCAAAGAGUCACAGCUGGCAGAUCUUGAUGUCUAUUUAUUGAAGAAGGUUGGACUUUUCCCUGAUGUUAUAGAGAGGAAAACAUUACGCCAUCUAGAAAAGGGAGAUAAUGUCUCAGCUCUUAUAACUGGAGAAUUCUACAGUAGAGAUCAAUUUCCAGGAUUCGGAAGGCCCUUCGUGUUCAAUGCAGAGAUUUUAAAAAGAGUCGGACGUACAUCUGAAGCCAAAGAUUCAGCUCGUGUGGCUUUGAAGUCACCAUGGUGGACACUAGGCUGCAGUUAUGAAGAGGCUGCUGAAUUAGCUGGGUGGGAGGAUGAGCAGAUCGAGUUUAUAAGAGAGAAGGUAACCGAGGAGGGUAAACGUGAGGAUCUGAAGAAAGGAAAAGCUCCAGAACAGGUGGUCCUUGACGAGGCAGCCUUUCUAAUGGAUUUAGCAUGUGUGGAUGGUAACUGGGAUGAUGUGGUGGAUCGGAUUGCAGAGUGUUACAGGGAAGCUGGGCUUGAUGACGUUGCAAAGUUCAUUGCCUAUAGGGAAUAGAUGGUAGAUUCCCUACGGUUUACAACUCGAUUGAAGAAAUUUUGGCUCUUUCAUGCUGUGACUCCUUUAUUUAUUCAUAAGAGAGAAACUUCCCGUCCAUAAUAAACACGGCAUUAGUUCAUGGAUUUGUGUCAUCAUUUAGUGACCGGCGCCAUAAUAGACAUUUUCACUUGUUUUUGUAUAGCUCUCAACAUAAUUUUGCCUUUCGAAAUUUCAAUAGAAGGAAGGGCUGAGCCCUGAACUUUUUUCUGGUCUCCAAA